CUUAUAUCAUUUAUUGUUCUGAUUUAGACCGGCACAAACCAUUAUUCCACGCUCUCCCAACUGAUGGUAGCACUGGAUUUACAACAGCACCUGUUUUUCCUAGUUAUAGUAAUUUUAAAGUUUCCACAACUUGGCAUCUUACUAUUAUUCUUCAAUGGAGAGCCAAACCCGAAUUAGCAUUUUUCACUUUUGUCGAUCAAUGUGCAUUAAGAUCCAGGAUCUUAUGGCUUGGGUCACAUUUUUUUUUGCGGUCAGAUCACAUUGACCCUAUUACUAUUACAUCGGCUUUAAUAAAAUAUCCUGAUCGUGAAUUUGGUUCAUGA